AUGGCGCUCGCCGAUCCUACUGCUUCCUCAAAUGCCACGCCUGCUGUUAUGCCUGUUUCGUUCAGUUUCGAGCCUUUCAACGCAGCAACUGCUAAAUUUGACCGCUGGUUGGAGCGCUUAGAAAUUUCGUUCCGGAUCUACAAGGUUGCUCAGGCUGACAGGCGAGAUUACUUGCUGCACUUCAUGGGUGGUCCAACGUACGAUGUUUUGUGCAAUAAGUUGCAGAACCGUUCCCCGGAAACCCGUACAUACAACGACAUCGUUGUGCUUCUAAAAGCACAUUACAGUCCGGCGCCACUGGAGAUCUUGGAAAACUACAAAUUCAUCUGUAGGAAGCAGUUGGACCAUGAAGCCCUGUGCGACUACAUAACGGACCUCGAAAAACUGGCACAGACAUGCAACUUUGGUGCCCAUUUGGAAACUGCCAUCCGGAAUCAGUUUGUUUUCGGAUUACGGAAUCGUACCAUUCAAUCCCGUUUACUGGAGGUACGUGCAUUGACUCUAGAGAAAGCAAAGGAAAUCGCUUUCAGCAUGGAAAUGUCACAUAGAGGUACUGACGAAAUGCAUGGAACGGUUUCUAAAUCGGAGGUUCAAUUUCUGGAACAAGGACGUCAGAAGAAGAAGAAGAUGAGUACGAAAAUGUCGGCGCCGAAAACAACGUCUAAAUACUCGUCUCAGGAGAAAGCUUGCUACCGAUGCGGAGAUCCAGGUCACUUUGCCAACAAGUGCAGACAUCAGUCAACCAUAUGUAAUUACUGCAAACGCAAAGGACACUUGGAGAAAGUUUGCCAAACGAAAUUACGUGGAAACCCGAAGGAGAAGGCUGUUACACACCACAUCGAAGACUCACCUGUAAUCAAAGAUGUCUUUCACCUGCGAAGCAUGCCGGGGUUUGCCGACAAAUUCAUGCUGGAUCUAACGAUUGAUGGGAGGACGCUGACUUUCGAGGUAGAUACUGGAUCACCGGUUUCCCUAAUUAGUUCCCACGACCAAAUACGGUACUUCAAGGACUUCCCUAUCCACCCGACUGUUACAAAACUGGUAAGUUAUUGCGACACCGAUAUUAAUGUUCUCGGGAAAAUUAUGGUUAAUACACAUUCGAACGGUGAUGCGCUCACACUACCUUUACAUGUGGCGGAGUCUAACAGACAUCCAAUUUUGGGUCGUGACUGGUUGCUUCGAUUAAAUAUCGAUUUCAAUAGCGUUUUCAAACCUGGAGUACAUUCAAUUUCAAAUUCCAAUUCUUGCAAAUCGACUCCCAAUGCAUUGUCAAAAAUAUUGGACAAAUAUUCUCGUGUUUUCGAUGGGAGCAUUGGAAAAAUGACAGGUGUUCAGGCUACUCUAAAUAUGCGCGCGGAUGUACAACCGGUGUACAUAAAGCAACGGCCAGUAGCAUUUUCGGUACGCGAUGCGGUAGAAACUGAAAUAGAUAGGCUUGUUAAGGAUGGCAUUUGGGAGAAAAUUGAUCAUUCUGAUUGGGCUACACCUGUUGUUCCAGUUAGAAAAGCUGGUGGCAAGGUCAGGUUGUGCGGUGACUACAAAAUCACCAUCAAUCCCAAUUUACUGGUAGACGACCAUCCAUUACCAACGGUUGAGGAGUUGUUUGCGACAGUCGCGGGAGGAGACAAAUUUUCAAAAAUAGAUUUGUCACAGGCUUAUUUGCAGCUCGAAGUCCGAGUGGAGGACAGGUGUUUACUGACACUUAGUACUCACAAAGGACUAUAUCGUCCCACCAGAUUGAUGUAUGGUGUGGCUUCCGCCCCAGCUGUGUUUCAAAGAUUGAUGGAACAGAUAUUGCAGGGCAUUCCAGGUGUUACUGUUUUUAUCGACGACAUUCGUGUCACGGGGCCUGAUGACGAGUCCCAUUUGCGCAGAUUAGAAGAAGUGCUUAGGCGUUUAGAGACACAUGGUAUGCGUGCCAAUCGUGAAAAGUGUGAGUUCUUUUCAAGCCAAAUCGAUUACUGUGGCUAUUCAGUGGAUAAGCGUGGUAUCCAUAAACUAUCAUCGAAGGUAGAUGCAAUUCAGAGUAUGCCUGUUCCAGCCGAUAAAGAUCAAAUGAAGUGCGACGAAUCGUUCAAUUUGGUGAAGAAAGAGAUGCAGUCUGAUAGAUUUUUGGUCCAUUUCGAUACUAAUCUUCCUCUGGUACUUGCGACCGAUGCUUCGCCUUACGGCGUAGGGGCUGUUCUUAGUCAUCGGUUCCCGGAUGGAACAGAGCGCCCACUUCAAUACGCUUCUCAGACAUUGACUCGCACUCAGCAAAAGUAUUCGCAGAUUGAUAAGGAAGCCUAUUCCAUUGUGUUUGGUAUUCGCAAGUAUUAUCAGUAUCUGUUCGGUCGCAAAUUUACGCUAGUGACCGAUAACAAGCCAGUCAGCCAAAUCUUUUCAGAGAACAAAGGUCUUCCUACUAUGUCCGCAAUGCGUAUGCAGCACUACGCUGCUUUUCUCCAAAACUUCGAUUACAAGAUUCGAUACCGCCGUUCUUCGGAGCAUUGCAAUGCGGAUGCUAUGUCACGUCUUCCGGUUGCUGUGACUGAUUCCGAAAGUGAAAUUGAAGAGCCUGAUGCAGUUGAAAUCAAUUCCAUACAAAUACUGCCAUUAACUGUAGAUGAGUUAGGUUCUGCUACACUAGCAGAUAGUAGCGUACGGGAGUUAAUCCGUGGAUUGAGAACAGAUAUGGGUAAAGUUGCAUUCACCAAUUUAUGA